GCCCGGAACGUCUUUGGUUUGGCCGAACGUUAAAACCAGAUAACCUCAAUUGUUGCCGUUUAAUGCCUGUUAUUAUUAUUAUUAUUUUUUUUUUUUUGGAACACCGACAUGUCCCGUCGUAUCUAAUAUCCGUCGUUUAUAUAUAAAUUAUAAUUUAUAAAAUUUAACAUUUUUAUUAUUUACACCGUGUCUAUCCAGCAGUAGUUUACCGUAAUCAUCGUAUUCCUACAUUACUAUUAUUAUUAUUAUUACCAAAACUUUAUCGUUAUUAUUGUUACACCUAGUACAGGUACCUAAUAAUAACCGUUGACGGAUAUUUUUGAUAAUAUAAUAUUAUAUUAUAUUAUACCAUCAUCAUUCAUUCCCGAUGUGAACACCACCACGGACAACCGUGUGCGAUGACGGAGGCUGCAGCUGCUGACGACGGGCUGAGUGUUGCCGUUUAAAGCCCGGAAAAGGCGGAAGAUCGUUGAAAAAAAAAUCAAAAUUUAAUUAAACACCUACUAUAUUAAUAAGUACACCAGAAGAGCCACACACGAGUACGCACACUGCAAUGGAUUUGUACACCGCAAAGGCGCUGAUCGUAUUCCUGUCGAUCGUGUCGAGGCUGUUCUUCGGUUUCACCCCGUUGGCCAUAUCCAGAAAACUAUUGACCAACAAAACCGCCGACUCGCUCAAUUCCAACACGCUAGAAUACUUGGUGUCGUUAUGUCUGAGCUUGGGCGGAGGUGUGUUGCUGGCGACCUGCUUUGCGCACCUAAUACCCGCCGUACGAGAGAGUCUACUGGGCAACCUGGACGAGAAAUAUCACCACUAUCCGUUCACCGAGAUCAUCGUGUGCAUGGGUUUUUUCCUCGUGUAUUUCGUCGAAGAGUCCGUCAAACACGUAGUGAAAAAACACAGGAAGCGUUGUAAAGCAAAAACCACCAAACACUGCGAUAGACUGUUGCAAUGGACCAACGGUCAGCUGACUGCCAUCAAGUCGACCGACGACAUCAGUUCUGUGAGCGUGGAUCAAGCGAACAGAACCAACGACUGCCAGGCAGAACAGAACAACAACAACGAGAUGUCGCACGUGCACAAUUUGAGAAGUCUUUUCGUCGUGUUGGCGUUGUCCUUUCAUUCCGUAAUGGAAGGCUUGGCCAUCGGCUUGGAAGAAAACAUGGACGACAUGAGUUUCCUGUUUUUGGCCGUUUCCAUACACGAGUGCACCAUUUUGUUUUGUAUUGGCAUGAAAUUGGCCACUUCGUGUUCGUCGUUAACAAACAUCACGCUAAACAUCAUUGUUCUCGCUUUAGUAUCGCCUUUCGGUAUAUUUUUGGGUUCUAUAUUGACACUCAACUUGACCGCCGUGGACGGAGUAUACCAUACGAUCGGAAACGCCACGUUGCAAGGGUUUGCCGCCGGCACCAUAUUGUAUGUGACGUUCUUCGAAGUACUCGAUCGAGAACGCAAAAAGGACAACGCGCCUGGUUUGCUCAAGUUGUUGUUUACCAUGAUCGGUUUCUCCUUCAUGGUCACGUUAGAAUUUAUAGGUGGUCAUCAUCAUAAAGAAAACCAUCUGAUCAAUGAACUGAACAACUGUUCGGCAUCAAAGGCGGCUCAUGUUCCUGUUCCUUAACACUCACGCACACGAGCACUGAUUGUUUCAGAAGUAUGUUACCAUUAAAAAAAAAAAAACACUGAAUAAAAUUUAAUCUCGAUUAGCGUAAAACAAAAAAAACGUACUUUAUAAUUUUUUGUUGUGUGCUGUAUUGAAAAAAAAAAAGGGUUUUUUUUAUCGUUUAGCGCUCUUUGAUAUUCAAAAGAAAUACUUCUGAAAUGGUCGUUUGUUAUGUUGGCAUUAUGCAUCUUGUAUUAAGACUAUAUAUAUAUUUUUAAGUUAACGCGAAUCAUUUUUAACGAUCUUCCAUUACAAUAAUUUUUUUUUUUUAUUUUAUAAAUAUUAAUAAGUAAUAGACUAAUAUUUAAUAUCCCAUUCAGGGUUAUUUUUCUAAAGUAUUUAUUUUUAUUUUUUUUUGUUAUCUGCCAAAAUUAAAUUAAUAUUUUUUUUUUUGAUACGUUUUUAACUCGAUAACGGUGUUCCUUGUGUAAAAAAAAAAAAUUACUUUGAAAUCAACGAAUGACGAAUGACGAUGAUCAUUCGCCUUGGCUGUGCCCCAUUAAGUCGUUUUUAUGUAUUUCAAACAAAUUUUUCUAUGGUCAUGUGCUACACAUGUACAUUUAAGACUUAACAAAAUUUAUUAUGUUUAAAAUAAGGUAUUAUUAUUAUUAUUUUCUUUGUUUUUUUUUUUUUUUAAAGUAAAUCGUAUGUCAAUUGCAGGAUAUUAUGUAUUUUUAAUCAACUCUAAUGUAAUUAGAGAUUAUUUACAUUAUUUUUAAAACUAUCAUUAUAAUAAAUUGUUAUUGUAAAAAAAAAAUUGUUUGAUGAUUGUCUUGUAAACAGUUUUU